CUCGGUGGCAAAUGCCCUGCGCACCGCUGCGGACUGCAAACAGCGAGAGUAUCUUGACCUCGGCAUGACGAUAGGUUUUUUCCGGCUGGGAUGCUGCGCACGAGGUUGAAGGGUAUAUAUGGGAGGCUUUCUGGUCGAAUUCCCAUCUCUUUUCUCAAAGUCAUCUCGACAAUCUCAUCUCCCCUCAACUCGCCAACAACUACUUCAUCAGCAACAUUCAUAUCAUGUCUUACACCACCGACAACGCUGCUCCUUCCGCUGACCUUGCCAACUUCGAGGCCGCUCCUCAGUACGACGAGAAAAUCGAGGUUGACUUCGAGAAAGAAGGUACUCCUACAACCGACGCCAUCAUCCACCAAACCAUGAUGCUCCGCCUUGCCACUCCCGAGCCUGCCGAAGACGACGACAUCCAAGAGAUCCCCGCUCGAGACUCUCGCCCUCUCACCCAUGCCCACGCUCUUCACUAUCACCACGGCCCUCGCGGUAUGCCUCCCCCUGGCUUUCCUCCUUCCCCCUUCGACGACAUGAUGCCCCCUCACCCCCCUCAUCAUCAUAUGGGCCCUCCUCCCAGCCACGGCUUCGAACACUCCAACAGAGGCAAGCCCCACGGCCGACCCGAGCACGGCAAGAGGGGCGAGCGCCCUUCUCACAGCUUUGGUCUGGGUGCUCGUCCUGAGCGCAAGCAUCGCCAUGCGCGUGCUUAUUCUCCUCCUGGCUUCGAGGAGAUCAAAGCUGGCUCUGGAUUUGAGGGGCGACACCACCCUCGAGGAUUCGGUCGUAUGGGUCAUGCCUCUCACGGUCCUCGUGGUCAUGCCCCCCGAUUUUGCAUGUCUAGAACCGACGAGGAAGACGACGUCUCCGAGGCUGGGUCUGACUCCGACCUCUCCAUCACUACUCUCAAGCACCACAAGCACCACUCCUUCCCUCAUCAAGCCCACCCUCUUGGUCAAGAACAUGGCCGUGGUAUGCCUCCUCACAUGAGAGGUAUGUCUGGUCCUCCCCCUCCUCCUCCCCACAUGUCUUUCAGCCAUCACAUGGAACGCCAAGGCGGCAUGCCUCCCCCUCCUCCCUUCGGUCCCAAUGGCGAUAUGAUGGACCGCUUCGAGUCUGCCGGCAGCCCCCCUCACAUGAGGGGUAUGUCUGGUCCUCUCCCUCCUCCUCCCCAUAUAUCUUUCGACCACCACAUGGAACACCAACGCGGUAUGCCUCCCCCUCCUCCCUUCGGUUCCCAUGGCGACAUGAUGGACCGCUUCGAGUCUGAAGCCGACAGCAACGGUAUUAUGGAGCGCUCUUUCGGACACAUGGAGGGCAUCGACUAUCGCCACCACCAUCAAUCAUCUUCUUCCCGCCCUCACAUGGAUAGGAACCCUUUCAUCCGUCAACACUCUUUCCGACAUGAUAUUCCUCAAGGUCAUCGUCAAGCUUCCUUCGGUAUGAGGGGCCCUGCUUCUGUCACUGCUUGAUGCUACUAUUUUCAACUUAGUAUACCAAUCUACAAAUGUUCUUCGUUCUAUCACUAUCGAUUUCUUGACCAUCGCUCGUAGGUGAUGAUACACGUUAUCUGUUUGAGUCUUGUUGUAGCCCGUUCUCCUAUGUAAAGUAGAUACACAAUGCAAACCCUAUCAAUGACACCGUACGCUUGGAGAUCGCCCAACAGCACGUCCAUCAAGA